AUGAAUCCAUAUAAGGAUGCAGAAGGAAGUUCUUUCGCGACAAGUCUACCUAUGACUUACGAGGACAUAGCCACAAAAUUACUUAAAGACAACUUCUUUUUAACUGCAUUGGAACUUCACACGGAACUUGUUGAAAGUGGAAAAGAACUGCCUCAACUUAGAGAAUUUUUUUCUAAUCCUGGUAAUUUUGAACAACAUGUAUCACGAGCGGGGGAUAUUAGUACUAUGCAUCGGACACCCAGUCAAGCUACAUUGGAUUCGUUAGAUACUGCACGGUAUUCAGAAGAUGGGGGUGGAGACCGUGGUGGAAGUGGAGGGGAUAUUGCAGUGCUUGAAUUUGAAUUAAGAAAAGCCCGUGAAACUAUCAAUGCAUUAAGAGCAAAUCUCACUCAGUUUGCUGAUGGUGAAUCUGCUUUAGAUAAAUCAACUAAAGAUAAUUUAAAUGAAAGAUCAUUAAAGCCACAUGAAAAGAGAGCUCUUAAUUUCCUUAUUAAUGAAUAUCUACUUCUUCAGAGUUAUAAGUUGACAAGUAUUACUUUUUCUGAUGAAAACCCAGAUCAGGAAUUUGAAGAUUGGGAUGAUGUUGGUUUAAAUAUGCCAAGGCCGGCUAGUUUAAUAUCUCUGUUCCGAGGCGGUGCCAUCAAUGUACUUGAACCUAAGGUAGAUGUAACUACAAACACAAAUGUAUCAUUAUGUGAAAUGGAAUGUCAAACAGACAUAGAAGACGGCAAUGUAUGUGUGAGUUGUCAAACAUCAUUAGACCAUGACUCUGAAUGGAAUCAUGAGCUUUUGAUUCAGGCUGAAGAAAUAGAAUUAUUAAAACAGAAAAUAAUAGCAUUAGAAACGGAAAAGUUAAAUUUUCAAAAAUUAUAUGAUGCUGCAUUACUAAGUUUGAAUUCUUUGACAAGUCCGACGUCUGAAGGCAAAACUAUUGAACUUCAAAUACCAAAUGAGAAGUUUAUUAUGGACCAGUCUAGGUUACAAGCAGAACAGGCAGAUGAGAACAAACCAAUUACUUGUACGGCUUUAGAGAACCACUACGGCAGUGGUAAUUCAACUAAUAGUGCAACUCCUGAGCAAUUUGAGAUGAUCUACACUGAUAAAAAUAAUGACUCUAUGAAAAAGGAGGGUUCAAACACUAGUUCCUUCGACCCGGCGUUACUUGGGGACAGUGUCCGAGGCUCUCCAUGUAGGCGUGGUAGUGUGACCACACUAGACGAGACGAUGAGUAUCAACGACGCGGGCGAGUGGACUCGCGUGCAGUACGAGUACAACACUAUUGACUGUAGCAAAGAAAUGUGGAUUGAUUGUAAUCUCCCAAACAACUUGAAGGAGUCAUUGUUAUCGUGGUGCUACGAAUCAUCAGAUAUUAACGAACCUUUGUCCAAUGAUCUACUUUCUGAUCUGGUGAACAGCAAACAACCUAUCACACUAACUGGACUACUAUAUUUGGUCGCUGAUACAUUGCCUCGGGUGCUGCCGCACACGCUGGUGGCGCGGCGCGGGGAGGCGGCGGCGCUGCUGGCGGGCGCGGCGGCGCUGCUGCCGGCCGGCGACGCGCGGCGCGCGCGCGCGCUGCACGCGCUGCUCACGCUCUACAAGCGCCCCGAGCCGCCCGACGCCAGCGCCGUGUGCGCGGCAACAUGCCUCAUAGUAAAAUGGGGAGGCAGCGGCGAAGUUCUAUCUGCAAUAGCUGAACUAUUAUCAUCUAGAUCUUCAGAGAGAAGACUACUUGCAAGUCAAAUAUGUCUAUCCAUCGCUCCAUACGUACCCUUGGAACUGUGCACAUCUCUGCUACUGAGCUUGGUCAUUCUUAUGUGUGAAUCAAGUGAACCGGAAAUCAGAAGCAUUGGUCUUAAGUCUGCCUGCCUCAUAUGUCCAGUUGCAGACCAUAAGUACGGACAGCUGGAAAAUAUUAUGUUUAAUUUCUUAAAGGAUUCGAUGGAAAAAAAUGUAAAAGAUACAAUUAAUGUAUUUGCACCGAUACUGGCAAGAAGUGCUUUAUUUGCUGGUAAAUUCAGUUCGGAUCUGUACAGUAGAAUAAUGAACAAUUUAGUAUUAGCAAGCACUGAUAACGAAUGGAAAACUGUAAUAAUGUAUAUGGAUGUGAUGAAAGCUUUAGUUUUAUCUAAAUUGGCCUAUGUGAUUAAUGUACAAUUAAUUAAGGAUAUCGACCUGAGCAACUGUGAUAUGCAAACUUAUAACCUGCAAGAUGUGCCGUUAAGUGAUAGAAAGUUUAUAGAUUUACAAUGUUAUAUGAGUGAGGAUGUUGAUGCUAAAGUUUUAUUGACAACUAUGAAUAAUUUAUUAAAAGAAAACCCUGAAGUGAGAUGGGAUGAGCUGGAUUGGUUUAUUAGUGUAGUAAAACAAAUUAUAGAUGUAACAACAAAGAGCAAAAUAUUAAAUCAUCACGCAAUGUACGAAGCGCUUAUAAGUUUAUUUAAUAGUUAUGUAGAUAGUUUUGGUGCUGAGUUCUCGUCGAAAAUAUUAAACCCUAUAUUCACAGAGAUUAUAAGCGACUUUGAAAAUAAAUUAGAAAAGUUACAUGCGGUUGAUGUUGACAGAGUUGCUAUUGUUGGAGUUUAUUUAGUAACAAUAUUAUUAGAAGUAAAAGAUAGUACAAAAUGUGAAGAGUUUUUGCAAAAGUGGAUCAUGUACAGCAGCUUAAGAUGUCUUCCAACUAAAAUAUUUUCCGUUCCGUUUAAAUAUUUGGCGGAACACAAACCGGAAACGCUUAAUUUAUUUUUGCAACAUCUUCGAGAAUUCGCCGCCAGUAGCUGUGACAGUACAAGCGGUAGUGCAAUACGAAUCUACAUCGCGAACCUCAUAACUGAACUGCUGAAUAUUACGACUGUAGACGAAGAUUGUAUAGACAAGCAACUACUGCCCGCUGUGGUGGCCAUGCUUCAUGAUGAUGACGUGUCGGUCUGCGAGGCGGGCGUGGCGGCGUGGGGCGGCGUGGCGCGGCGGCUGGGCGGCGCCGCGCGCGUGUGGGCGCCGCUGGAGAGCGCGCUGGCGCGGCGCCCCGCCGCCGGCCUGCUGGCGCGCGCCGCGGAGGCGCUGGCGCUGCUGCUGCUGCCGCGCGGGGACGGCCGCGCGUGCGAGAGAGUGCUGGCGCGGCGCCCCGCCGCCGGCCUGCUGGCGCGCGCCGCGGAGGCGCUGGCGCUGCUGCUGCUGCCGCGCGGGGACGGCCGCGCGUGCGAGAGAGUGCUGGCGCGGCGCCCCGCCGCCGGCCUGCUGGCGCGCGCCGCGGAGGCGCUGGCGCUGCUGCUGCUGCCGCGCGGGGACGGCCGCGCGUGCGAGAGAGUGCUGGCGCGGCGCCCCGCCGCCGGCCUGCUGGCGCGCGCCGCGGAGGCGCUGGCGCUGCUGCUGCUGCCGCGCGGGGACGGCCGCGCGUGCGAGAGAGUGCUGGCGCGGCGCCCCGCCGCCGGCCUGCUGGCGCGCGCCGCGGAGGCGCUGGCGCUGCUGCUGCUGCCGCGCGGGGACGGCCGCGCGUGCGAGAGAGUGCUGGCGCGGCGCCCCGCCGCCGGCCUGCUGGCGCGCGCCGCGGAGGCGCUGGCGCUGCUGCUGCUGCCGCGCGGGGACGGCCGCGCGUGCGAGAGAGUGCUGGCGCGGCGCCCCGCCGCCGGCCUGCUGGCGCGCGCCGCGGAAGCGCUGGCGCUGCUGCCUUACCUGUGCUGGCCGCCUUCACCCACGGCGGUGUCGCAGCUGUGUGCGCUGUGCUCGAGCGAGGCGGCGGCGGCGGCGGCGGGCGCGCUGCUGCCGGCGCUGCAGCUGGCCGCGCACCGGGCGCCGCGCCACCCCGCGCUGCCCGCCGCGCUGCGGAAACUGGAAGAAAUCGUCCAAGCUCCGUCUCUGUCUCAGUACAAGCCAGCGAUAGAAGCACUACUGCACGUUGUAGGUUCCAGUGAAGUACCGCGAGACCCCUCACCUAGACCGACUACAAACCUGCAAGCCGCACAGGAAGUCGGCAGGAGGGUCACACAAAUAUUCCAACAGUCUAAAACUAAUAUGAACUUACAGAAUAUUUUUAAGAAGAAAACUUAG